AUGAAUAAUGCUAAAUUAUAAAUAUCAGAAAUACUCUUAUCAGAACUCCUCCUCAUACUUAAAAUUUCAUAUGGUAUGCCAUUUCUCUAUUCAAGAAACUUUCAAUUAAUUUAAUAUUCAAACCCUCAUCCUUGCUUGCAUAAACAUCUUCCUUACUUUCAUCGUCGCUUACUGUAAAAUACAAAACUUCAUUCUCAAAAAGCCAUACCAAAAGCACUUUCACUUUUUAUUCAAUCUCAGACUGCUGACCAUUGUGUUAUACUUUGCAUUCUCCAACCAAGAACUCGCUUUACUAUUGAUUAACCAUCUGGAAUUCCAACACAAUCUCAAACUAGCCAUUUUAGGUAAACUGGCAAUUCAAGCUAUUCUAUUUGAUCACUCCAAUCUCAUAACAUUACCUUAAAAUUUGAUCUUCUAUUCUUAUUGUUUUUUUGUAUUUCUUUAGAUAGGAAUGCAAUGUAAAUUCAAUGAACAAUAAUGUCAUCAAUAGCUGCCUCAGAAACUGACUCAGGAUGCACCUCCGACGUUUCAUGCUAAAUCUCAAGAAAUUAAAUCAUUUAGACAAGAUGAAAUUUCGAAAUCCCCUGGAAUGUCAUCUUCAGACAUUAAACCAUUGUAAUUGAACAGUGUUCAGCAAGUGUUGAAUGAAGAUGAUCUCAUCAUGACUAAUAUGUACUAAUGAGUGUAAAAAGAAUUCAAGGUCGUGGCUCUCUAAUCAGUCUGUUUUAGUUUACAAUAUAGAUUUUACUAUUGUUUAUUAAACAUUCUACCUUGGAAAGUUACAGAAGAACAUUGGUGACAAAUUGGAUUGCGAAGCUACCUUUUUGGAAUCCACCAUACUGAUCGGAAGCAAGGAGAUUAAUGAAUUAUUGGGACAAUCAGGAUUCAGCGAUUCUAUAUUCAGUGAGUAAGUAGACAUUAAAUACUAUUUAGUGGUUCCUUUUUGUUGAACAAUCUGAAUGAGGUGCACAAAUGUAAAAUCAAAGGUCAAUUUUCACUUAGGGACCUUGCUGUGUUCUUAAUCAAAGAUUUUGAAAAGUAAAACAAUGAUAUUGAUAGAAAGAUGGAGAUUCUUUACCAUGACUAUAUUCAAAGUCAAGAAUGAUUUCUUGGAUUUGGAUGGAAUACAGAUUAAGUUGUUUGUAAAUCAAAUAGAUAAUCAUAAAUUCAUUCUCUUUAGUCUAGAACACAUUCCAAUUGCUCCAAAGAUGCACAAUCAAGAAACCAGUUUAGUCUUACAAAACAUCUAUCUCACUUAUUCUCAUGAGUCGAUCAACUAUGUAAAUUGCAUACUCACUUAUAUCCUCCUCCUAAUCCAUCACAUUGAUCAAUAAUAAUAAUAAAAUAAUGAAUAGAACAACGAAUCAAAGAAUCAGAUAAGCCAAUCUCAAAAAUAACUUAAUAAUAAUAUUAAUAAAGAUGAGUACAUUGUUAAUAGUUUAUAAAAUAUGAGAUACUCAAGUCAAAGAUACACCUAUUUUUUGUGUUCCAUGAAAGAUUACAUAUUUUAUCUGUCAAAUCAAUUAUUCUUCAAGAUGAAUGCAAUCAAAAUGGAAGAUCUGCUGGACGAAUUACUAUUAAAUUUUGAGCCUGUGUUGCAACUCAAACAAAUCAAAUUGACAACCAAUGUAGAUUUGUAAGAUGGCAAUGCAACCAUCUUUAGUGAUGCAGAAAGGGUAAUUCUUCACAUUAUUUUCAGAUUAAAUAAAUAAUCUCCUGUCUACUGUAUUAUUUUCUGUAAUCGUCAUCCCAAAGUUCCAUUAAGUUGGAGAUCAAGAGUUACACUUUAUAAGGAGUGAUGAUCACCAUCAAAGAUACAAAAUCUGAUUUUGAUGAAUUAGCCAAGCAAAGAAUUAUAAAUCUGACCAAAAUUCUAAAUUAGCAACUGAAAAGCUAGAAGGCUGUAAAUGAAUUAGACUAUACAAAUCCCCUAGAAUUGCAAAUGAGCAUACUCCUUUGUUGGUAAUUAGCAGGUUCGUUCAAAAGAGGACUUGAAUUCCUAAUUGAUAAUUAAGGAUUUUGUACCUUCACAUUUGUAAUUGAAUCAUAGACUUCUUAAAUGAAAUACCAAAAUUCAGCAGCAGAUUCUGGACCAAUAAAAAUACUUGGCAAGAAGAAAUACUUUGAAACCUCUUUGUCUCUGUUACUCCAAGAAAACAUGAAUUCCAACAAUCCAGGAGGUGAAUCUAAAGUAUUGUCGUUUACUCAAUUAUCGAAAUAAUUUUCCUAUAAACCCACAGAUCCAAUAGAUUUAUAGAGUGCCUAUUUUUCGUAACUCUCCAAGAUUCGGUAAGAAACAUCCAAUUCCAAAGCAUUCCAGAAUAGUGGCACUCCCUACAAAUAAUCAAGAGAACAUAGCGGAAGCUUUUCUGGGACUUUGAAAUAACAAAUAUAAUCAGAUAGCAUCCAACAAAUCACGCGUAUUCUAAACAGAAACAAUUUGAGCGCAGUAGGAAAAAAUGAAUCUCCCCAUGAAUCUCAAUAGACCUUUACACUUAUUGAUUUUGGUCAAACAGAACAAGCAGCCAAUCAAGUAAGAUUACCAGAAUUCCAUCCUAAACUCCUAGCACAUGUCAUUAAGUAUCGAUUAAGAACCAAUUGUUGUUCUAAAGUACUACUCCUAGACAAUGAUCCAUUUUCAGUUAUUGUUCUACAGAAAGUACUUUAGAAAUACGAUAUCAAAUGCGAUUAUUGUUUUAAUGGAGUUCAAGCUAUGGAGAUAAUAGAAAACAAGAAGAGAGAACCCUGUCAUUGUGGCAAUCGCUUUUAUUUAUUAUAUAUAAUUGAUCUCAAUAUCCCAGUAAAUAAGACUAUAUUAUAUUACAUAGAUUUUGAGAGGGGGAGAAUUCGUUUAGCAAAUCAAAUAAAUGAUGCAAUUGGGUAGUAUGGACAAAGGGUUUGCAAUUGCCACAGCUACGGUGGUUGAUUUAAAUAGCAAGUUGGAAUGCUUUCGAAAUGGAAUGGAUUAUUUCAUAUCGAAACCAUUUGAUUUAAUAGAGAUCAGCGCAGCAGUGACAUACCUUGAUUUUUGAAUAGUUUUGUAUGAUAG